UAUCAUCAUGCAAAGAGUUUGUGGAAGAGGUGGCUUCACCACAGCAUGCAACAUUUAAUGUUGUGUUCUACAGGAAGUGAAUGAGAAUUCAUUAAAGAGGCUAAAUGGCUAUCUGGAUAACCUGCAGAAGCCUGGCUCCUGCUCAGUUCAGCCACUGAAGCUUACCUUUUAUGUCAGGGACACAAAGGACAGCAGUGAUGUGCAACCAGACCUCCUCACCUCCGGGUUCCGGUCAGUGAGUUUCACCCUGCACACAAAUGAUAUCUACAGCACAGUGCUGAACGUCCUGAAGUCCUGCAGCCUGCCCAUGGAGCACAUGAAGGGACUGGAAGCAAGUGCAGAGCAAUCUAAAAGUCCACUCGAGGCAGGGGUGCCUUUCUACAGACCUAUCAAAUGGGAUAAGAGCUACUAUACCUUCACUGGCUUCAGAGACCCUGAGCAGGAGCUGCAGCAGGCCAGGAGAGUGGAGCCUACACUCAGCUUGUGGCUGAGAAACAACGAGCCUGAAGCAACAAAGAAGCACAGUGAUAGCCUUCAUCGGAGAGAAGAACUGAAGAGACUGAAGAAAGAAUUGUGUCAUAAAUUUAAUCUUGCUAACAUCAGGUGGCAGCGCAGCUGGGGAGUGGCCCACAGGUGCUGUCAGCUUCAGAGUCUGAGCCGACUGUCUCAGCAGAACCCUGAGGCUCUGAUCAACUUGCAAGGACACACAGUUGUGUUUGCUGACCAGUCAGGGAUGAGCGCCUCUGGACACGUCAUGCUGGGAACCAUGGAUGUUCAUCAUCAGUGGACCAAACUGCUAGAGCAGCUGCCCAGCUACCAGAGCCUGCAGCAGCAGACAGACUGGUUAAAGGAGAGGAUCAGCCUCCUCCUGGGUGGGACUCAAGUGGUCCAUGUUGAGAGGCUGGGACCAGUCCAGUCCAUCACUGAGCACUACAGCACCCUCAGCACCUUCCACAAGAGCCUGAUGUCCCGACGCCUUUGCUUGCACCCUAGGAGCCUGCAGGGGCUCACCAUGUUGUUGGAGAAUGACCGCUCAAACCCCAGUCUUCAUAAGAUGGGGCACUUCAUUAUCCCGACCAACUGUGACCCUCCCAAGCUGCAGGUCUUUCUCCAGAGCCACGCCACUGAGGCCAGACAGCGCACAAAACGCAAAAACCAGCUGCAGGCAGAGGAAGAGGCUAUAGUGAAGCUGUGUCUCCAGAAUCUGUCUCUGAGGAGUCUGUCCAAGGAGCCCAGUGUCAGCUCCAGCCAGAUGAUCAUGUGCUGUAAAAGACUAGUGGAGCAACACUCGCCUCUCAUGCAGGGCCUCCACAUCUGUGUUUCUCACUUUUACUCAGUCAUGCAGGAUGGGGACCUGUGUGUCCCCUGGGACUGGAAGAGCUGAGCUGGAGUGACACGGUCCCAAGCUGCAGGACUGAGUCAGUCUAAGUCAGUUUUAUGACGUUCAGGCAGCAAAUAGGUAUGUUUCACGGCAUCAUUUGUUCGAUGUAAGGUGGUCACAACAGAUUUCAUAUGUUCUGUCAGUUCUCAAUCAGGCUGACCAAUGGCCUCAUUAAUUAAGAAGCACUUUAUCCUCUUGCUGAAAAAGCCUAAUAGAAGAAGAAUUAGAUGGACAGCAGAGGUCCAUAGUUCCUAACCUGAGGGUGAUGACCAUUUCUGCCACAGUGUUUUUAUUAUUUCUCCAGGGUUUGCUUUUCUUCUAAAGCAGUUUGAUGCUGAGAACCAAAGAGUCUUCAGUUGAACCGUGAUAAGGUGGGCAUUGUUUGGCUAUUAAGGGUCACAAGCCAAAAAGGUUUGUAACCAGUGGCAGAGGUGCAAUAUGACUGAAGCUUGUUUUCCAGACAAGGGUUGAGGCUUUGACAUGCACACACUUUGAACAAGUCAGUAUUUUUUGUUGCUGCGUGGAGUUCACUGAAACAUUAUUAAAUAAUGGUUCUGUAAAGGCAUAAUGUGUGACCUAAAUUCAAUACACAAGGUAGAACCUGUUAUCACUUUUUGACAGACUUGACACUUGACAGGCAAUGCCACUCAGCAUGCUUGAAAUGAACUUGUUCGUACAAAGUGAAGUCCGACUGUGUUUAAAGGCUACUUUUUUUUUUCUGUUCAGAACGGUCAGACCGGAAGGCGGGGUGAAAAGUCUGCUGUCAUAGAGAGGGGUGAGGCACAAUGAACUGUAAAUAGAUUUAGAUUUUGAAUUUAGAUUUUCACAGCUAAUGCAACACAGAAACAUAGAGUGUCUGCAAGGCAGUUUGUUCAGGGCUGCUAUGGCAGAAGGGACAAACUUCUGCUGAAGCAUGCAAACUGUCCUUAAUAAUGUCAUUUUUAAUCUAUAUGUUGAUUUUUUUCAAGGAAAGCACAGUGUUGAAAUGCUUCUGUUUAAUAUGGUUUGUAGUUUGGAUAUUUCUUGAAUGUUCUUGUAGGUAUAUCUAGGGCAUAUUGUGGAAUCUGCCCAGAUGAAGAUUGGGAUUUUCCCUAGCAUUAUGAGUGUUUUUUCACCAAACAAACAGAAUAAACUAUCAAACUGC